AUGUCAUUUCUACAGGGAACAAGUCUGUGGAUACGGCGAGGAAUGGGCGGAUCGAGCAAAUACCUCACACGACCACUCGCAUCUACGUCGACGCAGAUUCUAGCUGUAACAUCAAGGCCGAACUCGACAACGAGAAGCCCAAAGCCGCCGCUUAGAAGGAUACGUGGUGUGCCUGCAGAUCAAGGAGGACUCGAAUUUGAAGACAUUGUCGAAGCUCGAGUGGUCAGACCGCCGCAAUUGAAUAAAGCGCUCGACAAUGAUUUCACGGAAGGAAUUGAUCAGACAUCACUGGCAUUAGCGUUAGAUGAAUUUGCGAGACGGCCGAUCGUUCGACAAUUGGCCGCCGAUCAUGGACUUGGACAAAAACUAUUUAUAAAGGCUUUCUACUCUUUCAAACAAUAUUGUGUGGCGCAAAAUGCUGUCCUCGAACCGGCACUUCUUGUCACAUUUCAUGAUAUCAUCAAAAGAAAUCAUGACGUUGAUCGGUUAUACGAGUUUUUCUUGAAUCAUGCAAAGAAGGUUUUCCCACACAUUGAAGCGAUGAAUGAAUUAAAGAUGAUCUCCGAUUUGACACAACCACAUAAUUGGUAUCCAGAUGCUCGCACAAUACAACGGAAGAUCAUCUUUCAUGCUGGACCAACGAAUUCUGGGAAAACGCAUAAUGCAUUGAAGAGAUUUCGUGAAGCCAAAUCCGGAGUCUAUUGUGGACCAUUGAAGUUGUUGGCGGCUGAGGCAUUUAUAAGAACGAAUGAACUUGGAGUGAAAUGUGACAUGGUGACAGGAGAGGAGAGAAGAUUUGCUGUAGAUUCUUUUCAUCCAUCUACUCAUCUCUCGUCAACUGUCGAGAUGCUUUCAACAACUAUGAGAGUUGAGGUGGCAGUGAUCGACGAGAUUCAAAUGCUUCGCGACGAGCAACGAGGAUGGGCAUGGACAAGAGCUCUGCUUGGGGUGGCUGCUGAUGAGGUCCAUUUAUGCGGAGAGCCGGCCGCUAUCGACAUGGUACGGAAAUUGAUCGAACCAAUUGGGGAAACUGUUGAGGUCUUUGAAUACGAGAGAAAAUCGCCAUUGAAUAUCAGCAAAGAAGGCUUGAGAAGUUUCGAUCGGGUUGAACCAGGGGAUGCGAUUGUGUGUUUUUCAAAGAAAGUAAUCUAUUCGAUAACAAGACAACUCGAAAAGCUUGGAAUCAAGCCAGCUGUAAUCUAUGGAGAUUUACCACCUGGAGCCAAACUUUCACAAGCCGCUCGCUUCAAUGAUCCCGACGAUCCGUGCAAUGUUUUGGUUAGUACGGAUGCUAUUGGAAUGGGACUCAAUUUGAACAUAAAACGAGUUGUUUUUGCCGGAUUGACAAGAAGAUCUGAACUCAUCCCCAACUAUCAAGCGUUGCAAAUUGGUGGCCGAGCUGGCAGAUUCGGAACUCAAUACGCAGAAGGUGUGGUGACUACAUUUCGACAAGAAGAUAUCGGCACUCUCAGGGACAUUUUGGGGAAACCGGUUCCACCAAUCGAAAUCGUGGGAAUCUCGCCAACUUAUGAGCAAAUCGAAACGUUCUCCUUUCAUUUACCUCAAGCAUCAUUUGUCACUUUGUUGGAUCUCUUUGUUUCUGUGUGUAGCGUCUCUGAUCAUUUCUUCAUUUGUUCCACUGUGAAACAGAUGCGACAUUUUGCCGAACUCAUUGAUAGAGUCGCUUUGCCACUAAAGGUUCGUUACACUUUCUGCAUUUGUCCGCUGAAUGUGGAGGACAAGAAAAAAGAGGCUGCUUUCGUAAAAAUGGCAAAUCGUUUCUCAUCGGGUCAACUUCUCACCUAUGAUUGGAUGAUGGAUACGGUGAUGGGAUGUGAGGAAUGGCCACCUGCAAUACCAAAAACUUUGGCCGAAUUGGAGGAACUUGAAGAUUUGUACGAGAUCAUUGACACAUAUUUGUGGCUCUCGUUGCGAUUCCCGGAUAUGAUGCCCGAUGAAGAGGCGAUGCGAACGGCUAAUGGACAAUUGGAUAAGGUCAUUCAAGUCGGAGUUGAGAACAUUGUCGACCUGUUUGCGGCACAAGGAAAAGAGGGUUCUGAACAAGCCAAGUUGCGGGAGAAACAACAAACGGCGAAAGACAAAGAAGAAUGGGAGAAGUUACAAAAAGAACAAGCCGAUGUUAAUGAUCUGAAAUUACCAUCAAAAAGAAAAGGAAAAAGAAGAUCGAUUCUCGAUAAAGCUCGUGGCGUGCUAACAGAAGAAGAGCUCAAAAUACUCAAAGAAGCCCUUGGAAAAGAUGAUGAUGAAAAA